AGGCGAUCUCAGUCAUCCCUCUGGACUAUCAUCUCCCCUCAGCAUUCGCUUCAAGCUUGAGCUACAAGCGCCAUUCCACAAUGCGCUUUACACGGUUCGCUCUCGCCGCAGCUGCGGCGCACAACGCCCUCGCAGCCCCGUCGCUGCGGCCUGCCGAACGGGCCUUCAGCUGCGGCGCCCCUGAGCCCGAAGCCGAGCACAUCAAGAUCUCGCAGAAGUUUGCCGCGCAGGAGGCUGCCGCCCUCCGCGAGGGCAGCUUCUCCGUCCAGGCCGUGACCACUGUCGACGUGUACUUCCACGUCGUGUCCAACUCCACUUCUCUGAAGGACGGCUAUGUCACCGACGCCAUGCUCCAAGCACAGCUGGAGACGCUCAACACAGCCUACGCACCGCACCAGAUCCAGUUCACGCACAAGGGCACCACGCGCACGGUCAACGCCAACUGGGCCGACGACUCGCGCGGCUACGAGAUGACCAUGAAGCGGGCCCUGCGCAAGGGGUCGUACGGCACGCUGAACCUGUACUUCCUGUCCGAGAUGGGCGACAACCUGGGGUACUGCUACUUCCCGACGUCGUCGGGCACGUCCAACCCGGGCUCGUCCAACUUCAUCCGCGACGGCUGCACCGUGCUGGCGCACACCGUUCCGGGGGGCAGCCUGAAGAAUUUCAACCUAGGCCAUACCGCGACGCACGAGGUCGGCCACUGGUUCGGGCUGUACCAUACUUUCCAGGGGGGGUGCACCGGUGCCGGGGAUAGCGUCGCCGAUACGCCGGCGCAGGCGAGCCAGAGCUCCGGGUGUCCUGUGGGCAGGGAUAGCUGUCCUAACCAGCCCGGGGUGGAUCCGAUUCAUAACUAUAUGGAUUAUUCUUAUGACACUUGCUAUGAGGAGUUCACGCCCGGGCAGCAGGCGCGGAUGCUCAGCUUCUGGAAUAACUACCGUGCGGGCAAGUAAAUGUGAUGGGAUGAGUUUCGGGGAGAGAGUGUACGGAGUCAUUUGGAGUGUGGUGUCGGUUUUAGUUGUUUGGUUGUUUGCCAGUCGAUUGCAGCUCUGGGGGAAUCUGCAUUGCGCGUGGAUGAGAUGUCGGAGUUGCGGUUGGGUGGCCGGGAGGGUGUUGGAUAGCGAGUGCAUUGCGUAGCCGAAUUUUCCUGUUCUUAGUACAUAUACGUAGAAUUGUAACUACUUCACCACUGGAUGUCCCUUUGGCAGGGAAGUCUACUCUCGAACGGAUUUGCUGC